GGUGACGGAUCGAGUCCAGUAUCAACAAUUUUCUUUUCUCCAUUUUCAUUUAUUUUUUGGAAUAAAAAAGACGAGCAAGUAAGCUUAACACUUUCUUUUAAUUACACAGUGCCACUCACCUCAGAGUUAGUGGGAGACACAGUAGAGACCCUGUGUGUUUGACUAUGCAGCACGACAACGUUGCUUAGCUAGCUGGGUCACUUGCUAGAAAGCUACACGAUAGCAUUGCUAACCUCAUUCUGCGAUACAACCUCGAGACAAGUCGGGACAAGACCAGUCUCAGGGCUCACCAUACUCAAUGAGCGGACAGCGCAAUGUCAGAGCGCUCUGGGCAAACUGCAAAGGGGAAGGAAGGCAAAACCAAGUAUGCGUCUCUCAACCUGUUUGAUACAUACAAAGGAAAGAGCCUUGAAACACAAAAGCCUGUUGUUCCCCCCCGCCAUGGCCUGCAGUCUCUUGGUAAAGUUGCCUCCGCACGGCGUAUGCCACCCCCUGCCAACCUGCCCAGUCUGAAGGCAGAGAACAAAGGCAACGAUCCCAACGUCUCGCUCGUUCCCAAAGACGGCACAGGAUGGGCAAGCAAACAGGAACCAGCAGACCCAAAGAGUACCGAUGCAUUGUCAGCACCGCAGCCGGAAUCGCAGCAGCCUGUGGCUUCACAGAUACCUGCACCGACCCGCCCGAGAACCCCGCCAGCUUCAGAGGCUCUGGCCCCAGCUUCAACCCAGGCCGUAGGGGCAAGGUCCUGGGCUCAGGCCAGUGUUACACAUGGAACACAAGGGGAUGGUGGAAAGGGAUCAAACCUACCGUCGCCAUUCUCUCGCGAGGAAUUUCCCACCCUGCAGGCGGCUGGCGACCAGGACAAAGCUGGCAGAGAACAGGGCACUGCAGAUCAGUGGUAUGGGCCCGGACCAAGCCUCCGCCCCCAGAACGUUACAAGUUGGCGGGAUGGUGGGGGCCGAGCCCUGGCACCCACCCUGUCUGGGGAGGGGGCAGCGGAGGGUGGCACUGGUGGAGCUCUGGUGAUGGAUGGGGCAGCUGGGGUCCCCCCUCCAAACUCCCAGAACCACGGGCCACCUAGGAACCCUCCUGCAGGCAGCCCCGCCUUGCCCCUGCCCCAGCCCCCUGUGGGGCCCGGGUUCCCCCAAUAUCGAGGAAUCAUGCCUCCCUUCAUGUAUCCUCCCUAUUUGCCCUUCCCGGCCCCCUAUGGCCCCCAGGGGCCUUACAGGUACCCGCCACCUGGGGAAGGGCCUGCUCCAAGGUUCUCUCGUGGGCAGGGUGGUCCUGACAGCAGGCCACAGGGCGGUCCGCGUGACGCAGUUGGAGAGGUGGUAAAGCGACCCUCUAUCCUAAAGCAGGAUGACCUGAAGGAACUGGAUGAGCUGGACCACGAUGGAGACGAGGGCUGGGCAGGGGCUCAUGAGGAAAUUGAUUACUCUGCCAAGUUGAAGUUCAGUGACGAUGAAGGAGAUGAAGAGGGAGAAGAGGAGAAAACUGAGAGCAAGAGUGACUCACGUGAGCAACAGAGGUCCCAGGAUGGAACUGCAACCUCUCACUCUCGAAGCUCUGACAGCAGCGGAGACAGUCGUCACACCCCUCCCUCUAGUGCUGACAAUGGCCCCCAACCCCCCUCCAGCAAGCCAGGAUGGGCCGAGGAGGGAGGCAGUGGCUGGGUGGGCCAGGGAGCACCAUCCAACUAUCAGGACCGCCCCCCCAACCAGGGUGCCCCUCUUGGCCCAGGGAAACCUGCCCCUGCCCAGCAUCCACCAGCAGCAGGAGGCCCUACCCCUCCUGCCCAGCCAGGCCUGCUGGUCCAUGGGGCCCAGGGGGAUGAUGAGGAUGAAACCUGGCGUCAGCGCAGGAAGCAGUCGUCGUCUGAGAUCUCUGCUGCUGUAGAGCGAGCCCGACGCCGUCGUGAGGAGGAAGAGCGUAGAAUGGAGGAGGAGAGGCGUGCAGCCUGCGCUGAGAAGCUAAAGAGGCUGGAUGAAAAGCAGCAACAGCAACAGGGCAGCAACAUAGGAGGUGGUGGUAGCGGCAGCAAAACCCCCAGCCUUGAUGGAAAUUCUACAGCUGCUACAGCAGGCAGCCCCAGUCCAUCUAUUUCAGCUUCAGCCUCCUCCCCUAACAUCAGCCAGCCCCCCUCUCCCUGUGUGGACCCUGAGGAGCCUCCAGUGCUGGCUGUCCAGCCGGGGCCUGGUCCUGGAGUAGGUGACCGUCAGCGUGCCAGCAGCAAUAGCAGCUAUGACUCCAGUGCAGAUGUCCAACAGUGUCCCCAGCAAGCUGUGCCACAGCAGCCCACACUAGAUUUACCUUUACCAGGAGAAAAUAAGGAAGAGACCAUGGGCAGUCCUCACAUUCGUGCAGCAAGUGGAAGUGAAAGAGGAGUCGACCCAGUGAAGAUUGAGAAUAUUGGAGGUGGAGCAGGUCGUCAAGCUGGUGGUCCUCCUGGCCAGGGUUACUCUAAAUACCAGAAGUCUCUUCCACCUCGAUUUCAGAGGCAGCAGCAGGAGCAGCUUCUGAAGCAACAGCAGCAGUGGCAACAACAACAGCAGCAACACAGCCAGGCAACACAAAGCCAGCUGUCCCCCCAGCCCCAGGCUCAACAGGGUCCUUCACCAGGUACCACACCCCAGCCAGGGCCUGGACCUAAGCAGGGUGGUCCUCUGUACCAAGCCAGCAAUAUGGUUCGACCUCCACCCCUGCCAAUGAAUUUUGAUCCUCGCUGGAUGAUGAUGCCCUACAUGGACCCUCGCAUGAUGCAAGGACGCCCACCACCCAUGGACUACUAUUCAGCUGGCAUGCAUCCGUCUGGGAUCAUUGGACGUGAGCGGUCUGAUUCAGGUGGUUCUGGUUCAGACCCCUUUGACAGGCAGCAACAGCAUCCAGGGCACCCUCACCGUGGGACCCCCCCUAUGGAUCCUAAGCUGGCCUGGGGGCCAGAGGUGUUCCCUGGUGGCGGGGAGAACCGUGGGCUAACGUCUCCCCUCAGGCAGAAGCAGGCAUUGGAGGAUGACGAUGUGGCCAAAGGGCCAAGGAGUGACACUCCUCCACACCGCAUGCGAGAGGGUGGAUUGGGACCCAUCCAGCAGCCCAGUUCCACAUCUGGAACAUCCAAUCAAACCCCUCCUCCUGUUAGCACUCAAGUUGCUGCCCAAGGAGGCGGCCACCACCCUCAUCACUACAUUAGUGGGCGAGGCAACUACAGCAACUUCCCUGAUCAAGGUGGAAGGAUGCCUCCCCACCAGCAGCAGCAGAGGGGCGGUGACAGGGGAAACCAGCCACAUGGCUUCACCCACCAGGAUGAAGGGCCUCCUCGGGGUUCUCAGCAGGGGCAGAUAUGGGGAGCCCCCCAUCCUCACUAUGAUCGUAACAGUCGUGCAGAUCUCCCCCCUGUUGACAGCAACUCUCACCUCCACCACCAUCACGGCCACCAUCCUCAGCAGCCUCACUUUCCUCUCCACUCUCAUAAGCCAGAGAACAGCCGUGACAGGGUUGGUGAUGCCCCCACUAAAAAGACUGACUCUUCUCCCCCCCUCCACCAACCUUCCCUCUCAUCUUCCUGCUCGUCCUCCUCCUCCUCCUCUUCUUCUGCCAGAGAAGAUGGGGGUGUCAAAGUGGCACUGCAUCAUCACCUGUCACAGAGAGAUGGCGAGGCAGGCAUUGGGCACGGUCUUGGUGAAAGAGGCAGCAGUGGUAAUGCCAGUGGUAGCAGCCAUGUUAAACAAGAGAAGACGGGCCCAGCAUAUGCUCCUCAUUCCUCCAUCACUUCUAGCCCACCUCCUGCUCAACAUGGCAGUCAUAAUCAACCUCAGCAGCAGCAGCAUCCCCAUCCUAAAUCAAACCAAAGAGGAGGACGGGAGCACAAGACAGAGACGCAGUGGGGCCCACGGCCUGGCAGCAGCAAUAUGAGUGGGGGGUCCUCUCAUGGCAGGAGGGCCAACAAUGCAGGAAGUGGGAACCACUCCCGUGGAGGAGAGGACACCUCCAACACUCCAUCAGAUCACAAACCCUCCAACCAGACUGGAGGCAGCAAUGCCAACAAGAGAGCAGGACCCAUUAAGAAGCCGGUGCUGAAGGAAAUGAAGAGAGAUGGAGGGGAAGUAGAUGGAGGAGAUAAACAAAGCCAAGGCUUUGGAAAAGAUAAAGAGCAUGAUUGUAGCCAGUCCACCUCCAUGAAGCAGGAAACCUCCAUCUCACAGAACACAUCAGCUCCAUCUAAAGAUGAGCCAGCCCAGACAGCCAAACCCAGGAAUGGAGGGAAAGAACGAUCCUCAGGUGGAGGUGGAGGAGGACCAGGUAGAGGACCCAAAGAUGUAGAUGCCACUUCAUCUGGCUUUUCAGGGUCUUCUUCCAGGAGGGACAGAGACCGCUCCCUUGAAAGAGGAGGAAACCCCGCCCACCAUCAUGGCAUCCCCCCCAAAGGCAGCAGAGCUAGUCGUGGACGAGGGGGUGAAUUCUACGGGCGUGGCCGUGGUUACCGGGGCACCUACACAGCCAGUGCUGGACCUGCUGGCGGCAGCCGGGGAAGAAUGGGUGGAAGGAGUAGUAGAGACUACCGUGCAUCAGUUGGUGGUGGCCAUCAUCAGGAAUCCAAGGGUGAUGGAGCUGGUGGCAGGCAUGGUCAGGAUCGAUCUCAGCAUAACCCAGCCAGGGCCAGAAACCGCAGUGAAACCCGCAGUGAGGGCUCAGAGUAUGAAGAAAUCCCCAAGAGAAGGAGGGAGAGAGGCUCAGAGACUGGCAGUGAGAGUGGUGCAAGUGACCUUGGUCAUUCAGACAAAGAAGACAACCAGAAACCCAACACCAAGAAUGGCUCUGAUAACACCAACACCGGUGGCAGUGGAAACAUCUCAUCUGCACCACCUCGAGGUUCCCAGGCCCGUGUCUUCACUCCCAGAGGUGUGCCCUCUAGGAGGGGCAGGGGUGGGGGAGGUGGAGGAGGAAACAUCUACAGGAGUAGUGGCAAUAUUGGAGGAUCAGCUGGCGGACACCGGGUUGGACCCAACUCGGUCUCUCAUGGUGGGCCCCCCAAGUCAUCAGCUUCAGCUCGUAAACAGCAAGGUCCACCACAGACCUCUGGGCCCAAAGACUUGGGUCGGGGAGGGAAUGCAGGAGAGAAGAAGGACAAGAUAGCUGAUGGAAGUCAAGCUCAGAAUCAGGGGACCAAUCCCCCUCAGCCAUCUUUGCCUGCUACAACCCCUGCUGCACUUGGCGCCACUGAAAAUGGCGGGGUUGUAGCCCAGCAAGUGUCAACCAACCCUGCAUCAAACCCUGGAGGGCCAAAUGCGCUCCCUCUUCCUGCUAGCCGUGGGUUCCCUCCCAGUGGGUUUGAGCGACCCCCUAGGCGUCGCCGUCAUGGGCGUUCCCAGCAUCAGCAGGACAAGCCGCCCCGCUUCCGGAGACUGAAGGAGCGAGAGAAUGCCGCACGUAUCAACGGAGGAGUGGGGGUCAUUGGGGGAGGACGGCCUUCGUCUCCCUCCCUGAAUUCAGUUCAGGAAAGUAACGGAGCUCCAAUCUCCGCUCCCAUGACAGGGAAUGCCCAGAAUGCUAACCACAACACCACACUAACAACUAACAACAACAACAACAGUGGUGGCGGGCAUCUUAGCAAUGCAAACAGCCACCACCAUCACCACUACAACCAGAGCAAUGCAGGUCCAACCCACCCCCAGCACCCUCACAGCCACGGAGCAAAGUCUCCUGACUUCACCAACCAGAACUCAGACCAGGCCAACGAGGAGUGGGAAACUGCUUCUGAGAGUAGUGACUUCACAGAGUUCAGAGACAGGGAGGGAGGAGGAGGAGGAGGAGGAGGGGGAGGGAAGUCAUAUGCUUCUCACCAUCACCAUCACCUGGGUAGAGGAGGAGGGGGCGGCGGCGGAGGUGGAGGUGGAGGUGGUGGAGGUGGAGGUAUGGUCGAGCGUGAGAUGGCGGGUAAAGAGCCCUCAGCCAAUAAAAGAAGCUUCUCAAGCCAGCGUCCCGGCAUGGAGCGACAGAACCGGAGGGUCAAUGCCGGAGGAGCUGGAGGUGGAGGUGGAGGCAGAGGCCCUCGCGGCCCGCCUGGUGGUGGCCCCGGCGGGCCUGGCAAUGGAGGUGGCAACCGCGGGGAGAAGCGAGGCAACUGGCCCUCACCGAAAAAUAGGAAGUGAUGGGAUAUAAAACAUUUCAGAUGAACCCCACCCACAUUAAAACCCCACCCUCUUACAUCUUAAUCCCUUUUGAUCAUUAUCUCAUGGCUUUUCUGUUGGCAUCCUUAAACACAGUAGUGCAUUGUAUAGUAUAUGGAGAUGGUAUUCACAUUCACAUUAGCUGCCCCCCACCCCAGUCAUCUCUUUCCCUUUUGCGUCAUUCUACUAUCUACCGUCCGUUAUUGUAAAUUUCUCUGUUUGUUCCGUCUUUCCAUUCAUUUGUACCCCCAGCCCGCUCUUCUUUUUUUUUUUUUUUGUAACCUUCCCUCAAGAAACUCACCCCUGUUGGAUUUGACAAGCAUGUGGUUGUGCAAUGGAGGUGCACGUCGUUUUGACAGAAGACAUUCACACAGCUUCACACACACUUGCAUUUACAAGCACAAAUAUGACAUCUUUAAAAACACACAGUCAUGCAGUCAUGUGGGUGCAAAAUGAAAACAUGGGAUUAAAUUGGCAAAAAUGUUUGGAUUGGGCUAACUUUUGUAUUUAUGUACCUGUGUAUAUUUCUACCACACUUCGGCCUUGGGUGGUAUUCGGUAGUGCAGUUCUGAAUAACUUCCCUCUCAAAGGGAAAGAGUGCACCGUCAUCUUUAAACGAGAACAAUGUAACAUAACGUUUUUUUUUUUUCUUGUGUCUUUUUCUUUUUUUUUGGUCUUGUGUCAUUUGAGUUCCAGCCUCUGAGAAAUGUUAAGGGUAUGUGUGUUUUCUUCUACAAAGCAGGUCAUUAAAACACCUUUUUACUAAAUUCCCCAUUUCCUCCUUUUGCUGACUUUUUGGUCUCUCGCAAAGUAUGUGUGAUUACUGUGAUAAGACCUAUUGAAGUACUACUGCUCAGUGCUCACCUACACAUGCAUUGAUUUGUCUUUAAUAUCAAUGUUUCUGCUGCUUGUUCAGAUAGACGGUGUGAAUAUUUUUCCCCACAACCUGCUCUGACUUUUCAUUAGAUAUUGGUUGCUUCUUUUUUUUUUCUUUUCUUUUUAGGAAUAAAGGCUUUUUUGGGCCUCAUCGUAGCAUUCUCUUUUCCCACAGAACUUCUGCACACUGCAAAAUCAGGACAAUAGUUUUACUUUCUUUCUCUCUAAUGAGUUUUGUUUACCCUCUGAAGACUGUAUUGAUAGUUUGAUGGCUUUAUUUUAACAACCAUUAUUUCCUCAGUGACUUCCAUUUUUAUGGAAACACUCUUUUCCUCCCUCAAAGUUAAAUACCAGUUGAUUUUUUUUUUUUUUCAGGGGAAAAAUUAGUUAUAAAUGAAAAUCUAAGUCAUGGUAGAAUAAACAAAAAAUGUUUGACAUUCAGAAACUUGUUUAUGCUUCAAUAGGUGAUUGAAUAUGUUCUAAUAAGCACUCCUUGUAGGAUAACAAACAUCCAUGGUUGCUGUUUUGUUUUUUUUUUGUUUGUUUUUUUCGUGUCUUUUCCUCUUUGUGUUAAUGUUUUUGGGUGAGUUACAUGUGUUGCAACAGGACAGGUACUCUGUCUGGGCCCAGAGUACAGAGCUAGGCCGAGUGUUGUACUAUUACUUCUCCUCUGCUGUCGUGUGUGGCACGAUCUGUGCUCUUGUGGAGACUCCUCACACCAAGAAGGACUCCUUGUCCGAGGAAGUAUUUUUUCAAAGUGUGUGUACUCGGGAUGGCCGUUUCAGUACACGGUGGCAACCAGGAGCCCAAACGAAGUGAAUUCAGGACUACACUGAGUGUCACCUUCGACAGUUUACCACACGGUUACAAAGGUUAUACUGGCAACAAAUAAUGCUGACCUGAAGUGAGGAAAUAUUGGAUUGAUGUAUGAUUAGUAGUUUGUAUCACACAAUAGAGACGUAAAAAAGGACUGGAAACAACAUCCAAGGUGAACUAAAUUGAUUUCUCUCAUCUGCAUCAAUUCUGUCACUGCUGUAAGUUGGGGUUUGUUUGUUUACUGACAACAGUUUGAAGAUCGUCUCUGGGAUGUUGUGAGUAGGGCAUUUGAUGAUUUGUGUACGUGUGUGCAUGUGUGUGUGUGUGUGUGCGCGUGCUUGUGUGUAUGUGUGUUUUGUCUGUGUAAUAACCUGGGAAGGGGUGGGGACCAGAGGGUUAACAUGAAUGGCAAGCACUUUCUGCCUUGUUUGCCCACACGUGAUUUAACCAAUAUUAUUAAGACAAUUGUACUGUUUCUUAAAUACAUCCACAUAUAUAGUUUCAGCUGUGUGUAUAUGUUCAUCAUCCAAAUGAAGAACCUGCAGUGGAGAGCUUCACCAGUUGUGUGUGUGUGUGUGUGUGUGUGUGCGCGCGCGUGCGUGGGUGGGUGCGUGGGUGUGGGUGUGGGUGUGGGUGUGCGUGCGUGCGUGUGGGUGCGUGCGUGUAAUUUAAGCGUACAUUCUUCAGCAGGCAAGUGAAGUUGGACAUAUUUUUAUUUUUCACUAUGACUUCUUCUAAGCAUGAACACACCCAUGGGUGCAGCUUGCCUUGCCUGUUACUGGUUUAUACAUUGAUAGCUGUACACUUAACACUGGCUCAAAGAGUCCUUCAUCCCUCCUUAACUCUUAAUGUUGAUGUGCGCAUUAUUGUAUGUACCCAUGUUAAAAGAAAACAAAAGUAGUGUAUUCCAGAAAAAUUACUCAAAGAUUGUAUUAUGUUUCCAGCAGGUAGCAGUACUGAGGUACCUGGAGUGGUUCAAACUGUUUUUAGCAUUUAUGGUUUUAUUAAUGGAACCGUAAUAUACACACAUGUAUGUAUAUUGGUAUGUAUCUAAGUUUUGUCUACCCCAACUUACAUUCCCACAAACAAAUGUUGCCAUUUUUAGUUCAAGGGAGCAAUGUACAAGCAGAGAAGUGUCUUAUUAUAAUAAAGUUAUACAGAGAAGGCAAAGUUAAAUAAACUACUUUUGAUUUAAUGGAAAA